AUAGAACUCAAUGAGUUGGACCAGUGGAUUGCUUUGUUGACAUUUUCUUGUUGUACUUGCUUCUUUUUUUUCAACUUAGAUAAGAAAUAUGCAAAAUAGUGGUUUAUUCCUAAGGGAUGAAUAGGUUUGGCAGCGAGUUGCGACAGAGAAAAACUCUUAAAGUAAUCCAAGAACUGGAUGCAUUUCCUAAAGUUUCUGAAAGCUAUCAAAAGACAACAGCCAGUGGAGGAACAGUAUCCAUUCUUACAUUUGUUUUCAUUGGCAUACUGGUAAUAUCAGAGCUUCAGUAUUAUCGUGCAACUGAUAUUAGAUACAAGUACGAAGUUGAUGGUGACUCUGACAGCAAAUUGCAAAUUAAUGUUGAUCUAACUGUUGCCAUGAAAUGUCAAGAUAUUGGAGCAGAUAUCCUGGAUUUGUCUGGCAUCACCGUUGAUGGAGAUAAUAUCAAUGAAGAAGCGGCGCAUUUUGAAUUGGCUGAAAAUCAAAAAGAAUGGCUGAGGAAUUUUCAACGUAUGAAAUCAAGUACAGAAGGUUAUCGAACCAUAAAUGAAGUAGAACUAUUUCAAAACAGCUUCCCCACAGCAAUGCCUGAAAGGGAUGAUGCUGGUAAAAAAUCAGAUGAGGCCGAUAGUUGCCGACUCUAUGGAUCUUUUAACGUUAAUAAAGUCGCUGGAAACUUUCAUAUAACUGUUGGAAAAUCUAUUCCACAUCCACAAGGACAUGCGCAUUUGAGUCUUUUCGUUCCUCAAUCAGAAUAUAACUUCACGCAUCGCAUUGAUCAUUUAUCGUUUGGACCACGUGUCCCUGGACUGAUAAGCGCUCUUGAUGGCGAUGUGCAAGUUACAACUAACAAUCUUCACACGUACAACUACUAUAUCAAGAUCGUCCCGACUAAUAUCAAAAUGUUGAAUUGGAGAAAUGAACUGAAAACAAACCAAUACUCGGUAACACAAAGAUCGCGAAAAAUUAAUCAUGCUGGUGGAAGCCAUGGUGUAUCUGGAAUAUUUUUCAAAUAUGACAUUUCAUCAAUUUUGGUUUGCGUAAAUGAAGUACAUCGAUCGUUUUCGCAGUUCAUAAUAAGACUGUGUGGGAUUGUUGGCGGUAUCUUCGCUACUUCCGGUAUGCUGCAUUCAUUUGUCGGUUUUCUUGUUGAAUUAUUGGCUUGUAAAUUUCUGAAAAGUAAAGAUGUUGAUUCAGGACAAAGCUGUGGUCCAAAAAACUCUCCUGGUCUAGACAAGCCUGCUUUUAAUAUCAAUAGUACAACAAAUAUGUCUUAGCAUUGAAAUCGUAUGACGUCAUAAUGCAUCAGCUAUAUCACGGUUUCGUGGACGUAUGACGUCAGUCAUAUUACAUUAGUCAUUUCAUUGCAUUAAGGUCGUAUGACGUCAUUUAUGCAUCAACUCUGUUGUCGUGUGACUUCAAUAAUCAUACGUCAGUAAUUUCACUUCAUUUAGAUAGUAUGACGUUAGUUUUACAACUUACAAGAGCCAUGCAAUAGCUUGUAUGAUUGUGAUUUAUUUAAGUGCGUACAUAUUGAAAGUUGUCGAGAAGAAAGUGGACAAACGUAUUUUGAACGUCUUAUUUAAUUUUAUGAAAACCUGCAAAAUGUUUCUUCUUAAACAAAAUAAAUUUUGAGGUCAAUGAGAAAA